AAAAAGCUGAAACUUAGGGCGUCGCCUGUGUUUCUGGGGGGCUGGGAGUCCCGGGGAGCGGGGUGCCCUGCUGGGGUCCUGCUGGGGUCCCCGGGGUGCUCAGGGCUGCUGUGUGCCCCCAGGUUCUGUGGGGAAUGCCUGCAGCCCUGCCUGCAGGUGCCCUCCCCGCUGUGCCCACUCUGCCGCGUGCCCUUCGACCCCAAAAAGGUGGAGAAGGCUUCCAGCGUGGAGAAGCAGCUCUCAUCCUACAAGGCUCCCUGCAGGGGCUGCAGCAAGAAGGUGACCCUGGCCAAAAUGCGCUCUCACGUCUCGUCCUGUGCCAAGGUGCAGGAGCAGAUGGCCAACUGCCCCAAGUUUGUCCCAGUUGUCCCCACAUCCCAGCCCAUUCCCAGCAACAUUCCCAACCGCUCCACGUUCGUGUGUCCGUACUGCGGGGCCCGGAACCUGGACCAGCAGGAGCUGGUGAAGCACUGCAUGGAAAACCACAGGAAUGACCCCAACAAGGUGGUGUGCCCAGUGUGCUCUGCCAUGCCCUGGGGGGAUCCCAGCUACAAGAGUGCCAACUUCCUGCAGCACCUGCUCCACAGGCACAAGUUCUCCUACGACACCUUCGUGGAUUACAACAUCGACGAGGAGGCAGCGUUGCAGGCAGCCCUGGCUCUGUCCCUCUCUGAGAACUGAGGCUGGGAUCCCUCCCACUGCUGCUCUCUUCCCACCUUGUUGAAGAAGGUGGAGCCUCUUCAGUUGUCGCAUGAGUGAGCAGAGACCUCUGGAGAGAGGAGCUGGCGCCGCAGGACUGGGAUCAAUCCUUGGAUGGGCAUUUAAUAUCCGUGUUGAGAGCAUAUCCCCGUGUCCAGAUCUGUGUGUUAUUAGCUGCUUUUUGGCACACUCGUCCCUGCUCUCUGUUGCAACAGAAUAGGUACCUGAAACUGAUAGAUUGGAUGCCAGGAACACCCUAAUUUGGGACUGGAAUCAGCCACAUCCUUUUAAAAAGGAGGAAGGCAGCACGGAGCAUCUUUUUUUAAACUCUCCAAGGAUGUUUUUUUCUAGAGAUGUCAGGCUGUCCUGACCCCCAUGCUGAAUCCCAGGAUGAGACUGAGCUGUGGUUCAGAGGAGCCCUCAAGGAUGGCAUCCAGCAUCCAGGGAACCCCUCCCCUUCCUCGUUUUGUACCGGCUCUUGGGAUACCAAACCCUUGCCUUUUUCUACACGGGGCGGCGUGAAGCCUUUUCCACCUUUUCUAGAGCGGGGUCAGAAGCUGUUCCCCUUCACACUGCAAUAUCUGCCACCCAGGACAAGAGUAUUUUUAUGGAACAUUAUUAAGAAAGUUUUAUUUUUUACACAAACAACCCAAGCAAAUGAACGCGUGGAUUGGGAAUGGGGCAGGAGCUGGAUCCCGGAGCGGCGGGUCGGACUCUGAGCUGGGGAGAAGUGCAGGGAUCUUCCUGGGACAUCCCUGGAUAUUGCUGGGCCUCUCCUGGAUAUUUCUGGACCUUUCCCUUCCCUCACCAGAAUUCCUCUGCCUGUGAGGGAGCAGGCAGGAUGGCUGUGCCAUGCUGGCACUGGGCAGGAGCAGCUGGAUUGGAUCCAGGUGCUGGUUGCCCAUGGAGUUGUUUCUCCCUGUUGUAAUCCCUCCCUGGGAAUGGGGCACUGUUGAUCCAAGGUGCUCCACAGCAUCCUGGUGAUCCUCCUGCCCCUUCCCCAGGGCCUCCAGUGGUGGAGCUGAGGGAGGGGUGUGAUUCUGAGAGCCUUUCCACAGGAUGUGCAGAGAAGAGGGGUGGGAGAGGCCCCCUCUGCAUCUCCCUGCUUGGAGAAUUUCUGAGCUUUAUCCAAAACCUGGCUCCAGCUCUGCUCUAGCAAUACUGGCUUGGGUUUUAUUUUGAUUUUCCUAGUACUGGAUGAUUUUGGGAUCUGCAGCCCUGUGAGGAGCAUGCUCAGCUCCCCAGGCAGGGCAGGGAAAGGGCUGGAGCUGCUCUGCUCCCCUUUCAGGAGCCAGGCCAGUGAGGAGGAACGGGAUCUUCUCUUACCUGCCCAGCACUGCUGGCACCUGCAGGGUGUUCCUGGUGGGAUGGAGAGUCCUGGCAUCUUCCAGGAGGGACCCCGGAGCAUUUCCCUGUCCUGUGCUCAGCUGGGACCCUCGGCUGCUGGAGCAACCUCCGUCAGAGCUCCCUGUGGAGCUGUUAACCUCGGCCUCCUUCCCUCUCUCCUUCUUUUCCUUCUUUUUGCCCCACAGAGACAGAGCAGGGGCAGCAAGAGCUGCUUUUGUAAAGCACUUUAAGGCCCUGGGUGUGAGGGGCCACGCCAGGGAUCCCUCCGUGCCAGGGAUCCGUGGAUCCCACCGGCCAUACCCCCCAGUGCGUCACCCACCACUUUUUUUGCAUAAUUAGAACUUUUGACGAGCCGUCCUGUUUUUUGAAGAAGAAUUAACUCGAUGACUUUAUUUGUAGCAAACCAUUUUUCUCAAUAAAGGCAGUUU